UUGGGUAGGCGUGGUUAAUUUUGUCAGUUUGGUGUGAGAGGUCGAUGACGUGUCAAUAAAAGACGUGUGAUCCUGUAAGCCUCUCGGGGCGUUGAUACUGACGUUUUACAAGCCGGCACAUUCAAACGCCGGUGUCUGGAACAAAACCGAACAGAAGCGAAGACAACGCAAGAUGGAUCAGUUACACAGAACGGGUAUUGAGUUAGCUGCGAUCCUACAAGAGAGGCUUCCGGGGUCUGAAGACUUCUGGCUGUGGGUGACAUAUCUUGGGGACCCUUCCUGCAUCCUCCUUUUCUACUUCCCUAUAGCCUUAGCCAUACAACAUAGGCUUGGAUUGACUGUUUUGUGGAUUGGGCUUAUUUCUGAGUGGCUUAACCUUGUUUUUAAAUGGUUCCUGUUUGGAGAGCGUCCUUUUUGGUGGGUUUCUGAAUCAGGGCAGUUCAAUGACCUUAAACUGAGGCAGUUUCCUUCUACAUGUGAGACUGGUCCAGGAAGCCCCUCGGGACAUUGCAUGAUUACAGGUGCUGCACUUUGGCCGGUUUUGACAACAGUCACCACCCUUCUGUCCCAGAGGCGCGUCCAGCGUUUGCUUCCACUUAUCUUAUACAUUUUACUUAUGGUAGGAGUGGCAGUAUCUCGAGUAUUCAUCCUGGCACAUUUUCCUCAUCAGGUUUUGGCUGGUAUCCUCACUGGCGUGUUCUUGGGUCACAUUUUACAGCGUGAUAUCCCAGUUGACCGUAGCUUUGGAUUUUACGCUUUAGCCUCAUUACUUCUUCUGCUUGGAGCCCUCCUCAUUAACUGGGUGAUGAGUACUAUUGGGUUUGAUCUCUCCUGGUCCAUUCAUCUUGCCACCAAAUGGUGUUCUAAACCAGAGUGGAUUCGGAUAGAGACAAGACCUUUCUCAUCCAUGACCAGGAGUGCAGGAAGUGCCCUAGGGUUGGGAUUGGCGCUUCACUGCCCCUUGUAUGACAGGUUCCACAGGGACAAUGCUAGUUGGAGAGAGAGGACAGUAAGUCUGUUCCUCUCUCUGUUCUUUUUAAAAAUUCUCAACAGCCUUCAAUUUCCAAUAUCCACUCCUUUAUAUUUUUAUUCUCUGAACUUUCUGCGCCAUUCUCUGUGCCCUUUGGCUGCCAUUAUUCUAGCUCCUCUAAUAACACAAGUCAUGGGCUUCAGGACUCCUAAGAGAGACUGAUUCUUCUCAUGGUAGAAUCUCACAAACCUAUUUAUUUAAGAGUGAAACAGAUGUGAUAGCCUGCAGUUUUUUUACUUCACAUCUUCUGAAGAACUUCAAUAUGUUUAUACAUAUAUAUAUAUAUAUAUACACACACAGUAUGUGUGUGUGUUAGUAUGUAAUAUUUAAUUUCUAAUAUAUCGGUUAUAGUUUCCUCUUGCAUAAUUAAAAUGUCAAUGGAGAUAUCAA